AUGGGAAGUGAUGCUGAAGACCAUCAUGUUCACUUUGACAGUAUCAAGGAUGACUUUGAGUCAGAUCAUUCUAAUCCCGUCAUUCAGAAAGCUCAAGGGAAAAUCAACAUUCACUUGGGUUUUCUCCAAGUGAAACAUCGAUAUAGAAUUGAGUUAAAAAUUCCCGCUGAUAUUCUCAGUGAGUUCAUAGUGAAUAAUCAUAAGCUUGUAUUGAGACUCGAUGAAACUGCCGUGCCAAACAUCAACUGCAAGCUCCUGUCGUUUAAAGGCGACACAACAGGAGAUUUACAAUUUUACGAUGCCGAAAUAGAGUUUUUUGCACAUAAGGAAAAACUUUUAAAAGAAGAAUUAAAGCUUUUAACGAGUGACGAAAAAUCGGUGAGAAUGAUUUUCAGCGCACGAGUAUUGGGAAGGGGCAAAGGAACGCCAAUGCUCAAAAAUGGCAUACAUUUACUAGGCAUCGAAGAUGAUGAGGAAUCUGAUGCUUCAGAUUGGCAAGGAUUUUCUCGAAAGGAAUGUGACGAGCUAUAAACAAAGAUAACAAUUGACGUCUCGUUGACAUUAAGCAAUCCCACUCCUAUUUACCUUGCAUUAAUUCAAGUGCUACUUCCUUUAAAAUAAAACAAAAUUUUUUAAGAAUAACAAAAGAAGAAACAAACAAACAUAGCUAAAUAUUCUUUAUGCCAAUUUACUAAGC